GUCAAUGAACGUAAAACGUCAUAAAAAAUAUGUGAAGAUGAAAGUUAUUUUUAAUUAUUAAUUUAAAUAAUAUAUUUGACUUUUCUUUUGGUAGUAAAAUGUCUAGUGUAAUCCCACUUGAAGAUUGGUUAUUCGGGUACUGUUUUGUUACGUUGUGAACUUCGUGUCUAUAUUUAGAAGCAAAGUUUACAUAAAUUAUGAUUUUAAUAAAGCAAACAGUACAAUUCUCGCGAAUAAAAAACAAGCUGAUCACAAGGAUUGUAGAAGUGUCGGCUCCGUGUAAGGAUGGUGCAGCUGGAGAUGACGGGGGGCCAACAAUGCUGCAGCACAUUAACUAUAAAUGAUCUGCCCAAUGAAUUGCUUAUAUACAUUUUUUCUAAAAUAGAUUUUGAAUCACUGUUGGCCGUAGCUAAAGUUUGUAUGAGAUGGCAGCAACUCUGCCUGACCCCAUGUGUGUGGGACAACACGCGCCUCAUUGUGUGCAUGAAAAACUAUGUGAGGAUAAGUGAAAACAUUGUGCCUUUUGUAGCAAAGUAUUUAAAAAAUGUAAAAUUACAGUAUUUCAAGUUGUAUUCUCAAGUUAGGGCUUCCCUCAUCAGCUACUGUCCAAACUUGACUCGUCUAGAAAUUAGCAUAUCUCAAGUUGAUAGUUGUAUAUUUGAUGAUCUACAAUACUGGCCUAAUUUAAAAUUUUUGAGUUUCCGUAAUUCUUUAAUAGUACAAAACCCAGAGAAUGCAAAUGGGAAUUUUGUUUACCACUUGCCUUUUGAAAAAUUAAAGAAUCUUCAAACUCUGGUUCUCUCGAAUUUUGCUCUUACACAUGGCAGCCUUUACAGCAUGCUCGAAUGUAGCAGUUUAGUCAGUAUUAAUAUGGAGAAAAUGAAGAAUAUCCCUGCAGAUUUCUUAGAAUCCUUGCUGAGGACCAAGCAAGCCACUCUUGAAGCAUUGUACAUUUAUGGAGACACAUUGAAUGAUGACAUAGUUCGCUACAUAUCCAACUGCAAGGCGCUACAGGUCCUGCAUGUCAUGACUUGCAAAACCCUGUUUGAUUCCAGUCUGUUGCACUUAAACAGGUUAAAAUUCUUGCAUUCACUCAAGUUGCGACAUGGGUAUUUUUCAACCACAGCUUUACUUGGUUAUUUUACAAAUAAUCUGUUCCAACACUUAACCUACCUGAGUCUCUCCCGCUGCCCGCACGUGACCAUGCAGGUUGCUCGGGCUAUCAAAGCAAGUGCACCCAAUCUUGAGGAAAUGUCAUUCUAUUUGUGCCCGUUUAUUUGUGCUCCGGGUUUUAACCGAGGAGAGUUAGAAAAUAUGUUCAAUAUACAACUACUCCUUGACUAAAUGAUUCUCAUUUUAUGAUUCUAUACAGAUUUAGUAGAAUUUUAAUAAAUUCUUUUGUGUUUAAUAAAUUUAAUUACUACAAGAGUAAAAGUUAUAUUCUAGAUGUUUUGUAAUAAAACAAAUUUGCCAUAUAAUGGAUUAGUUGUAGUUAAAAUAAGUUUAUUACAUGAUAAAAUUUCAGUUAGUUAUUAAAUGUGUUUGUGUGCAUAGUAUUAUAAAAAUAUGAUCUUGUUAUUAGAAGAUAGCUAUCAAAUUGUCAAAUUCUUUUAUGAAUAUUGAAUUUAAGUUAAUCCUGUGAACCAGAGGUUGUGCUUGAGACGGUUUACUUGUUACAAUGGUCCGUAAUAGUAAUAAACUUCAGUAUUUUGCUUAUUGACAAGUAUUAAAGUAGAUAAGGUGUCUACUGACUACAUGGUAGAAUAAAAUGUUAAGUAAGCUGCAGAGAUGACUUACCCCCUUCAUAGGUUAUAAGCAGUGAGAGUCAGACAUCUCUGCAGCUGAUUGUACCUAAAACUCCUACUUCAUAUACUUUAAUAUCGUUUAUUUCCGCCUUUUUAGUUUUGAAAAGCAUAGUCAAUUAUUAAAAAGUGCCUUAAAGAGUCAAAGUAUUUAUUCAGAUGUUGAGAGGGUGCAGGUUGUAUUUACACUGCACCCAACCUCAUUUUUAAUUAAAAAAAAUAUAGGUAUGAGUUAAAUCUUUGUGAAACGAAAUAUGGUAUUUAGAUAAACACGAUGUGAUUUAUAUAUUUUGUCUUCACUUGUUUGUGCUGCUCUAUUGUCCAUUUACACUCAAUAAAAAUGUAUUUUGAA